CUUUCAGUGUUCCUGUCGGAACCAUACACACAUGGACGGAUAACAGGAGAAAUAUUUACUCAAAAUGCGUAUUGAAAAGUGUUAUUUUUGUUCCGGACCGAUCUAUCCCGGACACGGGAUGAUGUUUAUUCGCAACGACUGCAAGGUAUUUAAAUUUUGCAGAUCAAAAUGUCACAAGAACUUCAAGAAGAAGCGCAAUCCAAGAAAGACCAGGUGGACCAAAGCAUUCAGAAAAGCUGCUGGCAAAGAACUGACAGUGGACAACUCACUGGAGUUUGAAAAGCGCAGAAAUGUUCCUGUUAAAUACCAGAGAGAGUUAUGGAACAAGACGGUGGAGGCCAUGAAGAAGGUAGAGACAAUCAAACAGAAGCGACAGGCUCGCUUUAUCAUGAACAGACUGAAGAAGGGCAAAGAGCUGGAGAAGACGGAAGCCAUCAACGAAGUCAAGAAAAAUAUCCACCUCAUCAGAGCAUCGCAUGCAGGACAAACCAAAAAGCUGGAGGAGAAGAUGGUACAGAAACUGGCAGAAGAUGUGGAAAUGGCUGAAUAAAUGUUUCCUGACCUGAGUUUUGGUUGACUUGGAUGCUCAAAAAAAAAAAAAUCAACCUUUUUUUGUAUUUGUAGGCUGUAGACAUUAAAAGUGAUGCAGUGAAGAGAGAUUACUCUAACCUGCAACUGUUCAUAACUUCACUUCAGCUCUGUUCAUGUUCAUGAAAAUCUGAAAGAUUUAUUCCAUCUGUUGACAGAUUUAGGUUUGACUUUAUCAAUGGCUGCCAGUGAAUGGAAUUUAAUUUGAUGUCCUGUUGAUUGGCAGUGAUGACACCAGUUUCCUGCCAGAUACAUUAACAGUUUAGUUGAAUUGCCUCAGAAUCUCAUCUUACUGCUUCUUGUUCUGUUUAAUAUUGUGAUAAUAAAGCUCCUGUUUAUUAAAAGAAUGAUGACACUUAAAACUGUAUUAAGUUUGUAAUAAAAUGUUUGGUAACUCUGUCACGUGAGGUCGUGUAAUCUCAUUCAGCAUAUAAGAAGCGUCAUUGCUGAUUUUCAAGAAUAAAAUCCACAUUUUUAGAGCAGAAUAUGCUGAAAUAUAUUCACAUCCACAUUUUAGAUAAUAGAUAAAAAUCCACAUGUUUAGAACAGAAUACAGUGCUUGUGGAAUAAAUGUGGUUGUGUGGGGACUUGUUUGGUCUAUUUAACCAUAAGUUAGUUUGAAUAAUAAUAUUUGCAGAACCUUUUGAAACGGGGAAGUAAAGCUUCACAGUGACCAGUAUCAAAUCUCUUGUGCAGUAUUUGGUGCUUUAGUUAUAAUGAUCACAUUAAAAAAAAAUUUAUGAAGA